AAAUUGCCACUCUCUGUCUGACCGUUGCAAUCCACUGUCCCACGAGGGCCACGACUCCCACCAUGCUCCUACUCUCCUCUCUCUUCUCCUCCUCCUCCUCCCCCCACAGCCGCCUCCUCCUCCUUCGUCUCCACAUCCACCUCCGCCGCUCCAUCUCAUCCUCGCCGCCACCGUCACCCCCACCACUGCUCGACCUUCCUCUCUCUCAUCCUAUCUACACCAUCUGGGCCUCCAACACUGGCCUCGGCAAAACCCUAGUCUCCACCGGCCUCGCCGCCGCCACCCUUCUCUCUCCAUUCCCAUCCUCCGACUCUGCCAAGUUCAUUUACAUCAAGCCCGUCCAAACCGGCUUCCCUUCCGACUCCGACUCCGCCUUCGUCUUCCGUAAAUUCUCCCAGCUUGUCCUCCGCCGCCGCCCCUCCUUUGCGGUAUCCGCCUCCAAUCACGUUCUCAAAGCUUCAGCUUCCGCCGCGGAGGCGGUGCUAGGGUUCGGGUCCGAAGGGGAGGGUGAGUUGAGGGAUUUGGGUGCGUAUGAGGAGAGGAGGUUGCUGGGCGAGGAAUGGGCGGCGGGAGCGGCAUCCGAGUUGACUUGCAAGACAAUGUAUGCAUGGAGAGAGGCGAUUUCACCGCAUUUGGCCGUGGAGAGGGAGGGUGGAGCUGUGCCGGACAAGGUGCUGCUGGAGGUGUUGGGGAGAUGUUUGAGGAUUGGCUCUGAAGAUGGGAGAGGGAGGAUGGAUGUAUGGAGUGUGGUUGAGACUGCCGGGGGUGUUGCGAGCCCCGGGCCUUCGGGAACACUUCAAUGUGACUUGUAUCGACCAUUUCGGUUACCUGCCAUUCUUGUGGGAGAUGGGCGGCUUGGCGGUAUUUCUGGGACUAUUUCAGCAUACGAGAGUUUAAAACUCCGUGGUUAUGAUGUUGUUGCUAUUGUCAUUGAAGAUCAUGGGCUUGUUAAUGAGGUGCCAUUAUUGUCUUAUUUGGGUAAUAGGGUUCCUGUGCUUGUGCUGCCACCUGUUCCUCAAGAUCCAUCAGACAACCUGAUGGAGUGGUUUGAUAAGUCUCAGGCUGUGUUUAGUUCUCUCAAAGAAAUAAUGCUGUCAGUUUAUUCAGAAAGAAUUCAGAGAUUUCAUGACAUGCCAAAGAGGGCAGGAGAUAUUUUCUGGUGGCCAUUUACUCAGCACAAACUUGUACCUGAAGAAACUGUUACAGUAAUUGACUCACGCUGUGGUGAAAAUUUUUCUGUCCACAAGGUCCAGAAUAAUGAUUUCAUUGCACAACAGUUUGAUGCAUGUGCUAGUUGGUGGACUCAAGGACCUGAUGCCACUUUGCAGAUUGAGCUUGCAAGAGAUGUGGGUUAUGCUGCCGCAAGAUUUGGGCAUGUAAUGUUUCCUGAGAAUGUUUAUGAGCCAGCUUUAGAAUGUGCAGAACUUUUGCUUGAAGGUGUUGGGAAAGGUUGGGCUUCUCGAACUUUCUUUUCGGAUAAUGGAUCUACAGCAAUUGAAGUUGCUCUUAAGAUGGCAUUUCGAAAAUUCUCUCUUGAUCAUGGCAUCAUUUUAGAUUCCACUGAUCCUAACACAACUGGGAAAUUCAUCGAAGUCAAGGUCAUAGCUCUUAAAGGAUCAUAUCAUGGUGAUACUUUGGGCGCUAUGGAAGCACAGGCGCCAUCAUCGUAUACAGGAUUUCUUCAACAACCAUGGUACACAGGAAAAGGCCUUUUCCUAGAUCCACCAACAAUCUUUAUGUGUGAUGGCAUAUGGAAGCUUUCCUUACCUGAGGGAGUGCAGUCCGAAAAACUGAAACAGGAAGAACUAACCUUUCAAUCACGAGGGGAAUUUUUUAGUAAGAUCAGGGAUGGUUCGAGUCUUGCUGGAAGUUAUUCAUCCUUUAUAUCACAGCAACUAUCAGCAUAUUCAGGAUUAAGAGGGUUUGGUCAUAUUGGAGCAUUAAUUAUAGAACCAGUUGUACAUGGUUCUGGUGGAAUGCAUAUGAUUGAUCCACUUUUUCAAAGAGUACUUGUGAAUGAGUGUCGAAGUCGAAAAAUUCCUGUUAUCUUUGAUGAGGUUUUUACAGGGUUCUGGCGUCUGGGUGCAGAGUCUGCAUCAGAGUUACUAUGCUGUCAACCAGAUAUUGCCUGCUUUGCGAAGCUGAUGACUGGUGGAAUUAUACCACUGGCUGCCACAUUGGCAACAGAUGCUGUUUUUAAUGCAUUUGCUGGAGACUCAAAGCUUAAGGCACUUUUGCAUGGGCAUUCCUACACUGCACAUGCUAUGGGGUGUACUGCUGCUGUUAAAUCCAUAAAAUGGUUCAAGGAUCCUCAGACAAAUUCUAAUAUUACUUCUGAAGGAAGGCUACUUAGAGAGUUAUGGGAUGCGGAACUAGUGCACCAGAUCUCAUCACAUCCAGCAGUACAAAGAGUGGUUGCAUUGGGAACACUUUUUGCCCUAGAACUCCAAGCAGAAGGCAGCAAUGUUGGGUAUGGAUCCCUAUACGCGAGGUCUCUUCUUCUGAAGCUCCGGGAAGAUGGUGUCUACCUGAGGCCUCUGGGCAAUGUCAUAUAUCUCAUGUGUGGCCCCUGCACAUCUCCAGAAACCUGCAGCCAACUUCUCAUCAAACUCUACCGUCGACUCGAGGAGUUUAAACCUAGCUAGCUAAGCAGACCUCAAAACCCUGUGAGUUACAGAAGUUGUUUCCAUUAUUCAUUAUCAAUGACACUAGAAUUUUAAGCCCUCUCAUUGCUGAUGGAUAGCUAUGGCAUUUCUUCUUUACUAGAGUACUAAGGUAUGCUGGACUAUUUAGAACCAAAUCCUUGAGAGGAAGUAGCUCAAUUCAUGAAAAUGAAACCAAAAGAAAAAUAUUAUUUGCUUUUGUUACCAUGUUUGGCUUGUGGGAAUUUGUAUGAAAGGUAUUCGUCUCUCAUUC